AAGUGAUGAUGAGGAUGAGGGCCAGCGUGAUGGCCACACCCGUCAGUCCGGCGAUGGUGGUGAACAUGACGAUGCGCAGACCGCAGCAGACUGGAAGCUGGUCCGGUUCACAGAGGGGAGGCCCGGAGCUCCAGCUGGUAUUAGGUUGAUGACGCGGGAUCAGGUGGAGGAAAAUCUCCUUACGGGAGGGGGGUAGAAAUACACAGCGACGGCUGUGAACGCAACACUCCGCUGGGAGCACACCAACAAACCCAGCAGCUGCAGCCCCGCUUCCGUCUCCUUCACACGGACUUCACGCGGACUACCGGCUGCAUCUACCGGUUGCUGGCCGGUCCCGGUCCCGGUGUGGGUCCAUGUUUGAGGAAUCGCUCUCCAGGCGGCUUUGACGCAGCAGCAGGCGGUUCUUCAAGCGGUUUAUACAACUGGAAGGUUGACAGAAGGCGGGAAGGAUGCUGUGGCUGCUGCUCUGUCUGCUUCCUCCGCUGGGCUGCAGCAGAAUCGUCGCCCAGAACAGUACGUUUAACGAAGGAAACGGCCACGAGGAGGUUGCCGUGACGACGAGGCCUCACAUCUACUACUGCCGCUCGCCCAACAUGGAGACCUUCUCGUGCUGGUGGCAUCCGCUCGACAACCUGACGGACGGAGAGGAGGUCACCUACGUCCUCACCUACUCCAAAGAUAAGGGGCCCAAACAUGAAUGUCCAGACUACACGACCGCAGGUCCCAACAGCUGCCACUUUGACAGCGGCCACACAUCUAUAUGGAAGGUCUACUGUAUAAACGUCACAGCCGUCACCGCCCGCAGGAACUACACCUCCCAGGAGCACUGCCUGGACGUGGCAGAGAUAGUUCAGACUGAAGCUCCGGUCAACUUGACCUACACGUUGACGGACGCCGGCGGGGAUGAAAUAGGUCACGACGCGCUGCUGUCCUGGACGUACCCGGUGCCCUCCGACCUGCAGUACGGCUGGAUCACGCUGGUGUACGAGCUGCAGUACAGACGAGUCACCGAACCCGACAACUGGAAGGUGAAACAUCCGCUGCGGGAGCCUCACGUGGAGCUGCUCGGCCUCCCCGCUGGCGACUACGUGGUCCGAGUUCGCUGCCGGUCGCGUAACCACGGUCUGUGGAGCAAAUGGAGCGCCAAGCUGUUGAUGAGCUUCCCCGCCAGGCCGCCCACAGGUAAACUGCUGGUGCUGAUUCUGGUGACGGGCAUCGGUGUCGCCGCUCUGCUGGUCAUCGCCUUCAGUGUCAUUCCACAGAGCAAGAAGAUAAAAGACUACUUCCUGCCGCCUAUUCCGAAGCCGCGGAUCAUCGGCAUUGACCCGAUGCUCCUGAAGAAGGGGAACUUGGAUGAAAUCAACCGUCACUUCAGUAACUUCCACAGUUACAGACCUCCCAGCUACAGCGAGGAGGUGUGGGAUCAGGUCAGCGCCGACAACGUCUAUCUCACCACGCCGAAGGCGUGCAGCGUCCCCGCCGACCCCACCGACCGGGAGAAGGACGCCCUCAUGGUGCCGUGUGACCUGACGCCUCUGGCCGCACAUCAUCAGUUCAUGACACAGAACCCGAUGUCGUACAUGCAGAGCCUGUCGCCCUACUGCUCCGCGCCUCCUGACGCCUUCAUGGCGCCGCUGGACAGGCCCUCCCUGUGGCCGAGGCCAGAGAUCGUGUCUCUCCCGGGAACGGACUACAGCAUGAUGGAACACCCCGGCCUGCCCAGCACCAUCCCUACACCCAACCCAGCUGCCGUCACCGCUAACCGCUCGCCACAGGAUUUCUACACCUGCGUCCAGCUCAUGAAUGACAGCGGCGAGGUGCAUCUGGUGCCGUGCUUGCCGCCGGCGUACUGCCGGGAGUUCCCGCCUCUCCCGAAGGUCGAUUUAGAUGCGGAAGAGAAGGAGGAGAAGAAGAAGAAGCUAGCCGACUACCAGGCCAGGAAGAAUGCAAUGAACGGCUCGAAAGACAACGGCGAGGCAGAGAGGAGCGAAGCCGUCGUCCCUCUGCUGCCUGUUGCCGUCGACAACAAGGGCUGAACGCACAUCUAGAAAAACACUGUGAAAACUGCUGAACGUGCUGAAACAUGGAGACUGUUCCCAUGUGCCGGUUCGACUGGAGACUCGAGAAGAGUUGACUUCACAACAGGAAGUGAACCUGCAGAUCAGCAGCCUGCAAAUAUCCAAAAACAGCAAACAGACGUUGUGUUCGUGGACAACGCGGACUCUACAAAACACUAUUACUGGUGCAAUAAGCAACGACAAGAACUUUUUUUUUUUUUUUUUUUACUUUUUAUUUGUGCCAUAUAAUUCAUACAUUCCAUCAUUUAGUAAAUAAACAUCUCUACGUUCUCUUAUAUAUCUUAACAUAUGAAUUUCAUGGAAUAGAGACAUAUGGAUAGAAAACAAAAACCAAAGAAACAACAACAACAACAAACCUGAUAUAACUGAAGAAAAUACUAAACAAACAAUAAA